UACUGAGCUACCAACCCUGUAUUCUAAACCAUGUCGGCGUCCACUGUCAAGUCGUCUGAAAUUGUUCUUUUAGAGGUACCAAGCACAAGCACAACCACACUCCACCCUCGACAGUCUUCUAUUAGCAAACACUAUGGAGAAUCCACUGUCAACCAAAAGGAACUUUCAUCACCAAGAGCUUCCACUGAUCUUGAACGAGGUGAAAGUGUUUUGCGAGAAACCAGCACGCACAUCAGCAACACUCAGCAGUAUGGCCACAAGGAACUUUUUGCUAUCAAGGCAUCUGUUGUUCCUAAAAUUCUUUUUCCUACAUUGAUUCUUGGUGCAUGGGCUUCAUGGUGGUCAGCAGCAUAUAUGGUUCUUGGAUGGAAAAGUGUUGGUGUACAGAAUCAACUAAUUGGUAUCAUUUCAGUUGUAAUGGGUCUGCUACUGGUCUUUAGGACCAACACCGCAUACGACCGAUUCUGGGAAGCUCGUCGAUUAUGGGGCACUCUCUUUUCGCACACUCGUAAUCUUACUCGUCUUAUAUGGGUGCACUGCGCUGCAUCUGAAGAGAAGGAUCUCAUCAAUAAGUUUAGUGUCACUAACCUGAUCUUGGCCUUUGCAGUGGCUGUUAAGCAUCAUCUGCGUGAAGAAAGUGGCUACAAAUACGACGAUCUGCAUAAUCUGUUGAUCCAUUUACCCGAUUACCGUCCUGGUGCUUUCCAUCCUAAAGUGGCCAACUUACCAUUGUUAAUUACUCAUCAUAUUGCGUCCUAUACCACAUUUGUUCGUAAAAAUGAUAAGGUGGAUAUUCCAUCCUUUGCGGCCAUGGUUGCUUCUGUCUCAGGCAUGGUUGAUUGUCUUAGCAACUUUGAACGUAUUCGAAACUGUCCUAUUCCUCUAGCCUAUUCGAUCCAUCUCAAACAAACACUUUUCGUGUAUCUUCUUUCACUUCCCUUUCAGUUGGUGAUCUCCAUGGGAUGGGCCACUAUCCCCCUUGUAUUCAUUGCAUCCUUUACUCUGCUGGGUAUUGAGGCUAUUGGAGGUGAGAUUGAGAAUCCAUUCGGAUACGAUCCCAACGAUCUGCGUGUUGACGAGUUUUGCAAUGAAAUCCGUACGGAACUGGCACUAUUCAAGGACCAUCCAAUCGGUGUUAGUCCUACCCAGUGGGAAACACCGGUAGAUAUCACUGCUCCAGAGUAUUCGACAUUUAUCAAGAUUAAUCAAUUUCGUACUGGAUCUCGCAAGGCUGAAUAAAUCACAUUUGUUG